GCUCUGUUCAACAAGGCAAGGAUUAAUCACAAUCUGGUUGGCUUUGAACCACGCGAGUUUACAAGUAAAUCCCACUAUUGGUUUUUACUUUCUACUUCUUUUUGAAGCAUAAGAAUUUUUAAUCAUAAAAACCAUGCUUUGUAGUAGAAGGUAGUAAAUAUUUUUAAUGCUAAUAGUCUAAUAUAAUACAUUGCUUAACAUAUACAAAUAUUUAGAACCAAGAAAUGAAUUUGAAGAGGUCUUUGGCAGAGCAAAAGAAACAAGAAAAGAAAAGCAAAAAAAGUAAUUAAUAAGUUUUCAGUCAUAUGCCAUGGAGAAUUUUCAUUGACUACUUCUCAACUAUGAGAAGGUGAGAGCAGAGUAAUGACUAUUUAGCUUGUGUAAGCAUCCUUUUUAAGCCCAAAAAUGACUCUUAAAAGGAAUAAUUAUAUGUAAAAAAGCUCUCUUUGACCAGCACAAAGAUCCAAACACUAUAUAAAAGUUUCCUUCACAAACAAAAAAGAGCUUUCUUUGGCAUAGACAGCAUCUUUGAUGCCGGCCAAUAAAAAAAUUGUUGCCACCAAAUAAAUUUUAUUUAAAUUCAAGAAGAAGAAGAAGAAGAAGAGCAUGAAUCAGUAAACAUGAUGUGGGGAUAGGCAGAAGCUGGAUGCAGAAAAUUUGAUUAUGGUUUCCACACACUAAGGAUGCUGAGUCAACUUUAGCAAGUAAUCUGACACUGUCAUCUAGUGGCAAUAGAGUUAGCUUAACCGUCAUCUGCUGAGUCAUUUAAUAAGGGAAGAAAAACUUAGUUAAUUAUGAAGAAAAUGUCAAAUACAAUCAUCACCUGUCACAACCAACCAAACUUGUUAGAAUAGGUAAGAAAAAUAAUUGAAUUUCCCCGACAAGUCUUAACAACUGGGCCAUUUAAUUAACUGCUGCAUUUAUUGUCAUGAAUACUGACUGAAAGUGACAAGGAGGCAAUGGAGGAAGGACAUAGUGUUCACAGACAAAAACAUGCAUCACAAAGUGUGGUUCAGAGGGGAGUCUGGCAGAUAUGAAGUCACCUUGUUUGAGGGAGGUUGAGCAGGUAUUUCAAGGUUGUUGCCCAAACCCUCCCUUCAGAAUUGUUGAAUCCCCACCACAGCAGAAGGUUGUUUCCAUGCCAAGAAACAUAUUUGCAGUUUGCCAUCCCAACUUUGCUGACACGACCGCCUCUUCUUUUUUUCCUAAUACUCUCUUCACCAACCAUGAGUCUCUUCCAUCUUUACAAGAAUCAUUUGUUCAAUUCAUCAAAGCCUACCCUCAAUAUUCUGAGACUUGUCAGAUUGACAAAAUUCGAGCUCAAGAAUACCAUAACCUAUCUCAUGUCUGCCUAGAUUACAAUGGUAUUGGUCUAUUUUCUGACUCCCAGCUUCAGUCUCAGCUUGCAUCUUCUUCUUCUCUUUCACCCCAUUCUUCUAAUUUCCCAGUCUUUGAUGUAUCCUUCAAGGCUGUGAAUCUAAAGUCACAGCUGUUGCAUGGUGGUCAAGGAUCAGAUUUGGAAUCUGCCAUCAAGCAGAGGAUCAUGGAAUACCUGAAAAUCUCCCAAAAUGAGUAUUGUAUGGUCUUUACUGCAAACAGAUCUUCAGCUUUCAAACUUCUAGCAGAAUCUUACCCUUUUGGAUCAAGUCGAAAGCUUUUGACAGUUUAUGACCAUGAAAGUGAGGCACUAGGAACCAUGGUUGAUACAUCAGAGAAAAGAGGUGCUUUUAUCACAUCAGCUGAAUUCAAAUGGCCACGGUUAAGAGUUAACUCUGCAAGGUUAAGGAAAAUGAUAGUGAGGAAGAAAAAUGAGAAGAAUUCCAGGGGAUUAUUUGUGUUUCCUCUUCAGUCAAGAGUAACAGGAGCACGUUACUCGUACCAGUGGAUGAGUUUGGCUCAGGAAAACGGUUGGCACGUAUUGCUUGAUGCUUGUGCACUUGGACCAAAGGACAUGGACAGCCUUGGCCUCUCUCUUUGUCAUCCUGACUUCCUCGUUUGUUCUUUCUACAAGGUUUUGGGGAGCAAUCCAACAGGUUUUGGCUGCCUCAUAGUUAAGAAGUCAGUUGUAUCAAUUUUGGAAGCUUCCACAAGUGCUGGCAUUGUAACUCUUGUUCCACCAACACAGUUACUUCGUUCGCUAGAAGAUUCUUCAGGUACAGACAAAGAACUUGAACAGAUGUACAAUAUUUGGAUAAAAGCAGAUGACAAAAAUGCAUCAAAUUCUUCUACAUGCUCCAUUUCUGCUCAGCACAGUAGUGGAAAAUCUACAGAAGGCAAUAUUUCAAGAAUGAAAGGAAAAGAAUUUUCUUCAACAUUUACUGAUCCAGAACAUUCAGGAAAAGAGAAAUCAGAGGAAUCUAUUGCUUCACUCCACCAGAUUCUUGAACUGGAAGGCCAUGGAGACUGUGCAUGUGAAUGUAGGUACUUAGAUCAAGUGGAUUCGCUAGGGAUGAGGAUAGUCAAUAACAGACAAAGAUACCUAAUUAAUUGGCUGAUUACUGCACUCAUGAAGCUCCAGCAUCCAAAUAGAUUGGAGUGUUUACCACUGGUCAAAAUCUAUGGACCAAGAAUAAAAUUUGACAGGGGAGCUGCAUUGGCCUUUAAUUUGUAUGACUGGAAAGGGAAGAAGGUAGACCCCACCCUUGUACAAAAGCUAGCUGAUCGAAAUAACAUCUCUCUCAGCCACGGAUUUCUACAUCAGAUUUGGUUCCCAGACAAGUAUGAUCAAGAGAUAGAAAGUGUUUUAGAGAAAAGGGAAAGUCAAGAAAAGGAAGAAGGGAGGAAUAGAAGCAAAAAAGCUGAGCUGGGAAUUGCAGUGGUUACAAUUGCACUUAACUUCUUGACCAACUUUGAAGACACCUACCGGCUUUGGGCAUUUAUAGCUCAGUUUCUGGAUGCAGACUUUGCGGAGAAAGAGAGAUGGAGAUACACAGCUUUGAAUCAGAAGACAAUGGAAGUGUAACUGAUCUCCUUCCUUUUCCCCCUUUUUUCCCUCUGAUCAGAAGCCUCAAGGAGGCUGUGUGAUUUGUAUCAAAUGCAUAGUUUGUAUCAUAAUGUCCCUUUUUCUCAUAUCCAAACUUCAUUCAAAA